AUGGCGGCUUCAACACCCACUGCGCAAGCUCUCAACUCGCAGCUCAAUCACGACGAGGCGGUGCGAGCAGCGAUAGAUCGGCGAGACGUGGCUGCGUUGCGUCGACUUGCAAGCCGAGACAACGGCUUCUCUGCUUCCGGUCUACGCUCUCAGGCUUGGCUUCUAUUGCUCGGGGGCACUCUACCCACAAGUACCAACCAGUCUGCCACGGCAGGACCGAGACGGCGCAAGCCUGACACGGACAAGGCAUCCUCUGAUGAUGGUGCUACACCAUCAGAGCAGCCUGUGACACCGCACAGAGACGAAGGUCAAGUGGCUAUGGACGUCAACCGCAGCUUUAUAUACUACCCUCAGAAUGCCACGCCAGCUCGCAAGCAAGAGCUGCAAAAAGACUUGAACACAGUCAUCGUCUCGACGCUUCGCAGACAUCCUGCCUUGAGCUACUUCCAGGGCUUCCACGACAUCGUCUCUGUCAUUCUGCUCAGCCUGGAAGACGUGGAAGACACGAUCGAAUGCGUCGAGCAUCUCAGUCUUUACCAUAUCCGCGACUCCAUGGGAUUCGGCAUGGAUCCGGUCAUUGGCUAUCUCAGGGUACUCAAGCGCAUACUCGACCAAGCUUCGCCGGCCCUGUCUCAAGUCGUCAAUCUAGCAUCUGCGUUACCCUAUUUCUCACUCUCAUGGGUCCUCUGCUUGAUGUCACACGACAUCACCUCUCUCGACGUAUCUGCACGGCUAUUUGACUUUUUAUUCGCGCACAACCCCAUCUUAGUAGCCUACUUUGGCGUCGCCAUAUUGCUCACGAAACAGGGCGAUCUAGACGAGAUCGAUCCAGACUUGGCAGACGAUCCGGCGGUAUUGCAUACAACACUCGCUCGAAUGCCUGUACUGCUGCUCGAGCCAGAGGAGCCUUUGCCCAUGUCGCCGCCGCCAAAGGAUGGGAACAAUGACGAAGGUCUGUACAGUGACCCGGACAUCGAUGUACCCGCCCUCAUGCCCACACCGCCUCUGACGCCACCACUUCCAUCGGCAAAGCGCAAGGGCAUCCUAUUGCAAGACAUCCUCGAUAGCACACUCGACCUGUAUGCUCGGUAUCCUUUCGAUGGACCGAAUGUGCGCGCCAAGGAGAUACUGGGACCUUGCAGUGCCGUCUAUACAUGGCGGGUAUCUGGCCCACCUAUUCCCGCCGAACAGGCGGAAGAGAUCUUGCGUCGCAAUGCCGACAUUGUCUACCCGCCGCCAGCGGAAGAGCAAGACAAGCCAGCACCGACGCGACCGCUCCGUCAAGACUUGGCAUGGCAGCGACAGACGCUCAUGCUGGCCGCCGUCGGUCUCGCGGGGCUAUUGCUUGCCACGUAUGGCGCAGAGCCCUUGCUGAUCAAUCUGCAGCAAGGCAUGUUUGGCCGAUGGAUGUCGUGGGCAACCAAGACGUUGAUAGGUCUGCGAGAGCGAUGA